UGACAGGGCUACACAAGUGGUACCUUGUUAAUCUCAAAAGAUGUACAAGCUGAGAAUAAUUCGAAGCUUCAGAAGGAUCUAGUAGGAGAGGAACUCUCUGGACUUGACGUUACCUAGUAGACCUUGUCCUGGAAUUACUACAAGUACAGUUAGAUACAAGAUACAAGAUACAAGAUUUGUACAAGUACAAGACUUAACAAGAUCAAGAAGUGGGAGAAUCUGUCUCUGUGCAUACUUAUACAUUAUCUCUCUGAGCAAUGGCUACUGCUCUUCUGCAACUACCUCAAGCUCUACCACGCAGCAAGAUGUCGAUGGACCCCGAAUGUUCAGGAAAUGACCACGUGCUAGACGCUUCAGUGAACUAUCUGGAUUGUCUCAUCUUGUCUCCUCAUUUCUCGAUGAUGGAUUCUGCAGCACAGAAAGAAGUUUCAAAGUCUAUUGAUCUCUCGCCGUCUACAUGCAUCAAGAUUCGAUCUGUUGCCAAACAAAACCAACUUCAAGACCUUGUCUCUCGUUGUGAUCUGUACAUUGAUGCUAAACUACCUGAUAUGCUUGCAAGAGAAGAUGUACUCAGUCUACCACGCAUCCAAGUGAAUGUAAAGGCUUUAGAGGAGGCAUUUGAGCUCAGAACUGACUUCAGCGUUGUCGACGAAAUUGUUCCCAAAGUCGUACUGAAUUUGAAAGAUAAUUGUUCAACUCAUCUUGAAGAGAAAGUUAUUGAAAUGUAUCUCGAAGACAAUCAAGUGACGUUCAGCCCCAAAUCUACGAAGAUGCGGUCACCCGAAAAGUCUGAAGGGUCACUGCGUUCUCUCAAACGAUUGAAUCCAACUCCUGCUCGAAAACUCAUUCUUGACGAGACCAUCACCGAUGAAGAAGACGACUCUCUUGAUGCCUGGCAAAUUGUUUCAACUCACAAAAUGUCUGAACUGAAUGCUGUUGCUAUUGUUGAAUUUAACGGUAGCCUGGUGAUGGUCAGUAUUGCCUUGGUUCCUAUGGUGCUAGACAACAGAGGUCUUCCAGUCAGCCCCACAACUGGCCUAAGUUUUAUCAAUGGAACAAGUUUUAUGGCUCCAAUGUCGAUUGCACGAAGUGGAUUUGGUGUGGUAUCUCUUGAAGGCUCUCUGCUGAGUGUCGGCGGGUUCAAUCGUGAUGGUUGCCUAACUAGAACAGAACGUUACAGCUUUGGUCAGAACUGUUGGGACUCUGUAACAGACUUGAAGAUUCCUCGCGCUCGAUUUGGCAUUGCUAAACUUGAUGAAACUGUUUUUGCCAUUGGAGGAUCUGAUGGGAGAAAGGAACUUUCGUCUGUUGAAACAUUUGACUUGAAUACAGAAGAAUGGCAGUUGCAAGAAUCGCAACUUCUAACCCCUCGAAGCUGUUGUGGGGCAACCACACUUAAUGGCCAGGUCUACGUUGUUGGAGGACUCUACUAUUCAACUCCUCUCAAAUCUGCCGAAGUGUUUAACGCUUUAUCGAAACGCUGGGAGCUCCUUCCCUCAAUGUCCAUUUGUAGGAGAGAUGUUGCUGUGACCAGUUGCCUGGGCCAAAUGUAUGCUAUCGGUGGUCAGACGUCUGGAUGGAAUUGUCUAGCGUCUGUGGAGGCCUACGAUCCUGGCAUGAAAAGAUGGACUAAAGUGCCUGAUAUGAAGACUCCUAGACGCAAUGCUGUUGCUGUGGCUUUGGAUGAUAAGAUCUAUGUGAUUGGAGGCUACAACGGCUCCAGUGCUGUUCGACAUGUGGAAGUUUUCGACCCCCGAACCUCAAGCUGGACACAAUGUGCCCCUCUCAGUGUGAAGAGGUCUUAUGCUGCUGCUACUGUGGUGGACGGCUCUGUGUACGUUGUGGGCGGAUAUGCCAGCUCUUCAUUCCUAAACUCUGUAGAGAGGUUUAAUCUAGAAUCUAAUCAGUGGACUCCCUUUGUAUAGUUGUAGUGUGUAGUGUACCUUGUUAUCUGCUUUUGUAUUUAUGCUGUCAUGUCUCUUAUCUUUAUUUAUUGCUGCUGCUUAGCUUCUCAUUGUACACUUGACUUUGCUGCUAUAGUACAUGUGUUAAUACCACUUACACGAUAAUCAAUUUUGACAAUAAAUUGUUUUGGCUAAUUA